CAAGCAGGAUUCAAAGUAGAGACGACCAACAUCGUCUUUGCUGACUGUUUAAACCACAUUACUUAUAGUUACUGCUGAAGUGGUCAUCUGUUGUAAAGGGAAAUUAAUAAAUUGUAAAUCGUUCUACAAUCUGAUGGCUGCUUCUUUAACUAGCUCUCGCUCGGUUGAUGAAAUUCAUAAUCUUCUCCUUUGCGGUGUUUGUAAGAAAACCAUCAACGAACCAAAGAUUUUGUCUUGCUCUCAUUCAUUCUGCAAAGCCUGUGUUGAGAACUUGGCGACACAAGACAAAGGAAACGUUAAUGGCGGAGGCAAGAAGUUGAACUGUCCAACUUGCAGAUCCACAACUACAUUGAAGCCGGACGAAAACGUGGCUGGAUUGCCCAAUCAUGAAUUUAUCCUUAAGCUGCUAACUGCCGUUGGUCCAAAUCGAAAUCAAGAUGCUUCUGUUUGUUCUCACUGCCAAAAUCAGCCUUCGUUUACAAUAUGUAUGGAAUGCGAAGAGCUUUUGUGCCGUGAAUGUUAUAUGAUUCACGAGAGCUGGACGCGUAUGCAAUGCCAUAUAAUGCUCUCCAUAAGUGAAAUAAUCAAUCGUGACAAACAACAGAAAAUUGGAUCAGAAAAGUUAAGCUGCACUCAACAUAAAGACGUCAUCCCGAAAUUUUAUUGCGAAACAUGUAAAGAACUGAUUUGCACGAAAUGCGUGGCGUCCGUUCACAAGAAACCAGGCCAUACGUGCGUGGCGAUUCAUGAAAUCUUUCGAAAACAACAGGACGAUGUGAAGUCAAAAUGCGCGACCAUUAACGCAAUGUUACAAGAAGGAAAUAAGGUGGGUAGACAGUUCUAUACAACGCUAACGUGUGGUCGUGGUUUACUUCAAUUAAUUCUAAAGAAAUACUAUAUAGGUUCGUUUCACUUAUAUCGUCAAGUCGAUGGUGAUGAACUUGCAGUUAUAAGUUUGAAUCAGGGUUUGGAUUGAGGCGCGCGCAGCGAAAAUUAGGAAAUUGAAAAUGAGGCACGGGCAGCGAAAAUCCUGCGCCUCGCCUGCCUAAUUUUCGCUGCCCGCGCCUCGCCUCCCUAAUUUUCACUUGCCAAAAUCUCUUCCCUCCAAAGAGGAAGUUGUAAUUUCGGUGGCGUCCAGAUCACUUAAUCUUUUUACUCACAGAAAUUUCCACAGCAAACUUGAUCACAUUGCAAAAUAACAAAAGCCCCGAUGCAUGACGGGACACUUGUACUAUAUUUCCUUACGUUGACAUUGUCCACUCCAGAGUUGUUGACCUGCUUUGGGGUUAGUGCGACUAACCCCAAAUAUAAUUUUUGGUGUGUGUAAUAUUUGGGUCAUUCUAAGAAGAAAUCUAAUAUAUCUUUAUAGUAAAAACCUCAUCUUGAUCAACAUUUUCACUGUCAAAGUUUCCGAAUAUAUAUGAUGUAGUCUGCGAACCCAGACGUUAUAUCCCAUGAGCGUGGUAUAUGAUGUCAUUAGGUGAAUUUUUGGUACAAAAAAAAACAAAGGAAAACUAAUAUGCAAUUCACCUAAUGACAUCAUAUCCGCAAACUUUGGCAGUAAAAAAGUUGAUCAAGAUGGGAUCUUUUAGUAUAAUAAUAUAAAGAUAUAAGUUACAUUUCGUCUUCGAAUGACCCAAAUAUUACACAUUACCAAAAAUCGUAUUUGUGGUUAAUCGCACUUUAAGUCCUGCUAUGAGUGUUGAUCACAGUUACAACUCUCGCUCGCGUUAAUGGCGUUAUACACCGCCAACUCUCAUCAAAUCUCCUGCACUCUCGUCAACUUUGAGGUUCAAGUUUUGAUUUUUGAUGAGUUUUCGCUACGCGCGCGGUAAUAGAUAGCUUAAGAUCUACGACUUCGACGUCAGCUAGGACGUCAAGGCUAAGCAGAGGACUGGGACUAGCAAACAGGACGGCAACGCGACGACGACGGCUAUUCACACAAUGAUACUCCUGAUCUCGUACAAAAGAAAUGAAUAAUUAAAAGCCCACGGGAGUCAGAGACGUUGUGUUAGGGCUUUUAAUUUUACAACGUCAAACCAGAGAUUUUCACGUCUAGUGUACAACGCAAACAUGUCAAGACGCGAGAAGUGAAACUACAAAUUUGCUCAGCAGAAGCGUUUUUAUAGUCCAGUCAAAUCACUAUAAGUACAUGGUCCUGAUCAAAGUAAUUGCAAUAGAUUUGUUUUCAGUGGUAAAGUGUGAGAAAAGUUGUUAAAUCCCUUCGGUGGAACAUGGUGAAAAUCGAGUUUUUCUUACUUCUACCUAUAGAAAACCAUUGUGGACAAAAUGUUGAAAUUUUGAAAUCAUUUUUAGGCAAAUGUGACCUACAUUAUUGGAAAGCUUAGAAAAAAACUAAAAUAUAAAUCAUUAAACGGUUAUCUUGCUUUUGCCUAUCCAGCCGAAGUUAUACAAGAUUUAAAAUGCCAAUAAUGUAGGUUACAUUUGCCUAAAAAUGAUUUCAAAAUUUGAACAUUCUGUCCACAAUGGUUUUCUAUAGGUAGAAGUAAGAAAAACUCGAUUUUCACCAUGUUCCACCGAAGGGAUAUUUUGGGAUUUUUAGUAUGUUAAUCAGGACACCUUCCCUCACAUUUUAUCACUGAAAAAAAUUCUAUUGCAAUUUCUUUGACCUCUGGUCACAGAUUGACUGGACUAUUAACCAUAAAGCCUUUGUUUUAAUCUCUUCAAACUGAAACUCAAUUCAAAUAUACAUGCAGUGGACAAUACACAACAACUCUUCUUCGCAAUAAUUUAUUUGAAGAAGUUUGUUUUGACUGUCGUCGUCGCGUUGCCGUCGUACAUGCUUAAGGUCCCUGAUAACUCAAGUAUCUACGACGUCAAAUAUCUAGGGCGGCAAGUGGAAGUAAACUGGCAAUAGUUUUUGAAGUGUGCAUGUGUCUCUCUCAAUUUGCUCGUCGUCCACCAAACGUCGACAACCUCACAACAAGAGUUUUACCGUCGUAAAUACAAGAGCAUAACAAACGGUAAUGAUUCACACGGCUCUUUAAAAUUCAUUUUCAAAAGUAUGUAAAUAUUUAUAGUUUAAAUGUCUACGUCGUGAAACUUAAGUGGAAGUUUAUUUAUUUAGGACGACGUCCUAGUCCCAGUCCUCUGCUUAGCCCUGACGUCCCAAUCUCGUACCCAGAGCAAUGCCUGUGCGCGGGCUAGGAUGGCAUUGGCUCUGGGGAAAUUGAAUUUUUCCUGUGCUGUGAAAGUGCUGUGAUUGGUUUAACGUUUAUCAAUCGUGCAUGCCGACAAAGAACCGGAACCCCUAAAUUUAGGGGUUCCGGUUGUCAAUUUUCCCAGAGCCAAUGCCAUCCUAGCCCGCGCACAGGCAUUGCUCUGGGUACGAGAUUGCGGACGUCCUAGCUGGCGUCGACGUCGUAAAGUUGAGAAAACUCUCAUGCUUUUUCGCUUACCAACUCUCAUCAUUCAGGCACUGGCCGCGCUCAAAUCUGCCCGAUUUCGCUCCUAGAGUUGACACGGGAUGCAUGAAAAUGGAUGAAUUCCGAAGAGCAGCUGACAUAAACCGGACAAAUUUUCGUAUCAGUAUUACAAUAAAUGAUUAGUUUUAUUCCCUUUUCAGGCAUUAGAAACUGUCAAUAACAGCAAAACAACGUACGAGAAAACCUCGAAAGAUAUCAAAGUAAAACACACCGCUCAGAAAGAUGAAAUAAUGAAAACUGUUGCAGAUGGCAUAAACAAGAUUUUGGAGGAAAAAAUUCAAGAAGUUGAUAAAGGCUACGAUCCCGCUUGCCAAAAGCUUUCCGUUCAGGCUGAAACGAUAUCAAAUUAUCUGCAAAAAGUUCAAAAGUCACUUCAACGCACAAAUGAUGUGUUGGAAAAUUCGAAGCUUGAAGAAUUGUUGUCAGCGCAGAAAGUUAUCGAUGGUGAUAUUCAAAUGUUGCAAAAUGAAAGACCUCAAAAUUUAACAACGUUCCAGGUUCAAGUUGAAAAUCAAGUGUCUUGUGUGGAAACACUUUGUGUUUCUCCGUUGAUCAAGGAAUUGACAGAUAAGUGUAAGUAUAUAAAUUGCGGUGUCCAAAGGAAGAAUGAAAAGCGAUGCGAAAUGCCAAACGUUGUUUGCAAUCACGUGAUUUUUCAUCCAAAUGAUGGGCAAUCGAACACCUUGUGGAUGAUUUUUUCCCUAUUAGAAUGGUUGUAGCAAAAAAAACUGAACGGUAAUUCAUCUUUCGAGUCUUAAACUGUCUCUAAACACGAUCAAUACAUUAAAAUUGCCAUUUUUGCUAUACCUGCCCGUCAACUGAAAUCCCAUAAUUACGUCAUUGCAAACAAAGAAUUGGGGGCGUGAGUUUGUUAUAGUUUCUCCGGAAUCGUAAGCCUUGGUAAGACAACUUCGCGUUUGUUUUGUUAUUGAAUUUGGUGUUUCGACACAAAGAACUGGCCUUGGUUCUAUAAAGCUCUUACAGGGGUAACUACAUUUUAACCAUUAUUUUGUAGUAAAAUAAUAAUUAACUCUAAAAUACGCGAUUGAUUUUUGAUUGGUUAACUUUCUCAUUAACUGUAACCGGGUUUGUAAUUGGGAUGAAUUGUACCCGAGUUUUUCAAAGAUCAUUAAAUCAAUUUGGAAAAUCAUGCAUGUGAAUCGACUGUUGUUAAGGAGAUGUAGCUCUAAAAUUUUUCAAUAUUAAAGCAGCAUAUUAAAGUCUAAAAUUUUGUCUAAAACAUAACGAUUUAAUCCACCGUUUCUGAUACAUUAACAUGUAGUAACUGGAAAGACGAACGCUUGACCUAGAUUACAGCAUAUUGUGUUAAAGCCAUCACUAUAUUUAAAAAAAAACUUGUUUAUUCUUUUUAGUUCACGUAACAUACUUGCUGGUGCCAUUAGACACAGUAAUUCUAAAAGAUGAAGUGGCGCUUUUUCAACAUUUGCUGCGUUUCCUUAACAACAGAAAAUCGCCAUUAAAGCUUUGUUACAGAGCAUCUCUACAUGGUUGGUCAAGUCAAGACUUCCACAAACUGUGUGAUGAUAAAGCAGGAACAGUAGUUUUGGUCAAGGUUGGAAACUGGAUCUUUGGAGGAUACAAUGAUCAAACUUGGCAAGGUAAG